AAGGAGUCUCGUAUCUACAUUGCAUAUAGGUAUACGCUCGCUCGUGUUUCUGGUUCUCGCGAUCGAUCGCAGUAGUCGCAGAAUCUCUGCCUGUCGUGGAACGUCGGCAUGUUUAUUGUGUUUGAUGUAUAGUGUAGGAGGCCACGUAAAGCCUUCUAUACAUAAACAGUAUGAAAAUCGUAAUGAGUGUGUGUUCAUUAAUUAACGUUUGUCGUUAUGAUUCCUAACAUUCGCGAGUGUUCACGGGAACGGUAUAAAAACAUCUUCUAAAAAAAGAACAAUAGUUGCAUAUAUUUACACGACGGUAAAAUAUGUACCUACCACUGUGAACACAGUGCAGAAAAGUUCUCUCAAAGAAUAUCCUCAUAAACGCGGCUUAACGCCCGGUAGAUGCAUAGGUGGCCACGCUACAAGUUGAGAACCCUCCAAAUGUUUCGUAGCCCGAACCCGAAGGCGAUGUCCAGUGCGCUGCGCUACAAAGAAGGGGGCUGUUUUCAUCGUUGUCGCGGUGGUGCUUAUUGUCUCUGUCCGAUCGAUAUACCCAUCGAAUCGAUGUUAACGAUUCGCGUCGAUACGGAAUCGACGGAUUACGAGUAACGUGUCCGCUGGAAAAGGCGAGAUUACCCUGCGAUUACGUGCAUCGUUAUUAUUGCGCUCGAAGGUGCGCGCGCGCGCGCGCGCGUGCACACACAUUGUACAUAUACACAGCUCGAGAGGCGCAACGAUCUUCGCCUGUGUUAGUGUGGUAAGCACGGUGAUAUGUGCAAAAGUGCAAAGUGAACGAACAAGCGUAUAAAAUAAUAUUCUCUUUCAUGGAUUGUUCGAACAAAAGUGAUACAGAGUAUAUGUUGAAUCGACAAUAGUGUGUUUUCGUUGUCUCUCGGACGCGCGUGUUCGUUGUGGUUUUGUGACGCGGGUGUGGGUAGCAGGUAGAGCAUCAAGGUAACGAAAAACAGUGAAGCGGGAAACGAGGUACGAACUUCUUGGAGCUCCAACUUUUUCGAACGUUUAAGUUUGAGGGUGCGUUCGGCGGUGACGAUCGAAACUAAUUCGACGAAAAUGCGAUACGAGUUGUUAGGUCGCCUAGCGUAGUAUAUCGCGUAGCGGCGACGGGCCCAGAGAGAAGCGGCGGAAAAAUGGCGUCCGAUAACGAAGCCUCUUGCGCGAGUGACCCAAAUUUCGCGGUAAUUUGCUCGUUCCUCGAGUGCUUCGGCAAGUCCUGCGGCAUCGUUUAUCCUGAUAUCGCGCGCCUUCAAGAGAUGCUCGAGAACACGCAGGAGGUACCUCAACAAUUAGUAGACCUACACAUCAAAUUGUUGCGUAAGACCCGUAAAACUGUAUCACCAGAAAAGUGGGAACGAGCACUGGUUAAAUUCUGCCACUCAUACUCCAAUCAAGAUGGAUGGGAACUUGAACGUUUUGGUUAUAAGAAAGCUCGUAUUGCUGUCAAGCUACGUCUACUUAAAGUUCUUCUAGAAACACAAUUUGACUUAAAUCAAAAAUUUAAAAAUGAAGUGAAUAAAUUAGCGGCAAAUGAAUUACGCGUGGAACCUCUAGGAAGAGAUAAAUCUGGUUUAGCAUAUUGGUGUCAGCUGGACGAUGAGUGCAAUAUAAGGGUUUAUAGAGAAGAUUUAGAUGAAGAAAACUGGGAACUGGUAGCUAAAGAUCGGGAUGGUGUUGUUGAUUUAAUAAACACUUUAACAAAUGGGGAAGUUGGUGCUAUUCCAAUUAAUGAGGAUAGUAAUAGUUUAGAAAUCUCUGAGAAACCUAUUAUUGAUACAGGACAAAUUACAACAUCACCAAGUUUGGAAGAUGAAGUUGUACAAGAAAAUGGUAUUCACACUGAAGAUUUGUGUGACAAAGAAUUAGAUAAGCAUGGGGGUGAAGAUUUUGAAGAUGAACAGGAACAAGAACAAGAUGAUUUUAAUGAAGAUGAUAAUAUUGAAGAUGACAUGGAAGGAGAUGAUGAUGUAUCAAAUGACGAAAGUUCUAAACAAAAUACAGAAGAAGAUGAUUCCCAAGAAACAAUACAAAAUGAGGAGUCAGAAUCAAAUUCUAUGAAGGCACUUCCUUUAAUGUCAGCAUCUUCAAAAACAUUAAAUGGCAAGGUUGAUGCACUGUCAGAAAAUGAAACAUUUACAUCUAGCAAAAAGAAAACAGAUACAGUUCCAGAAACAUCAGUUUCUGCUAUUGUAUCUGAUCCUAAAUCCAUAGAAACACCCAAGUCUAAAGAACAUACUGAGGUAAAUAAUGUAAAAAUUAAUUCUGAAGAAUCAGUGCCUCUUAAAUCGAUUGAAACAUCCGUUAUUACGUCUCCUCUUAAGCUAGUAAAUGUUUCUGAAUUGAAACAAAUACACGAAGAAAAAGUGGUAACUGGAAUAACCGCAUUGAACAUCACAAAAAAGCACGAAGAAUCGAUGGAUCAAACGCUGAAACCAUUGGACAAAUUACCUAGUAAAAAUAAUUUUUCUUUUCCAUCUGCAGAAUUGCAACCAGUUCAUAAACUGUCCGUUAAGCCGAUAGAUCAAUUGGCUGCAAAUCUUGUGCGAAUACAAUCAGAAAAACUUGAAAAACCAAUGGGAACAAAAUCAUUAGAGAAAAUAGCAAAAAAUCUUGCUAGAUCAGGUAGUAUCGUGGGAAAUUCGACAAACGAAGACGAUGAUAGAUUACCUCAAGAUUUCUGUGCAAGAAAUCAAAUGGAAAAGGCCAAUGCGCUCAAGGAGCAUAGGGGUAUGGAUCUAUCUACAUCACCCAGAGGCUGGGAAAGUACUAACGAACAAAAGAAGCCGAUGGAUUUCUCUGGAAUUGAUUUAUCUAGUCGAAAAUUUAACAAACCUAUUGACAUACUUUCGUCUGGCUACAGAACACAAGAUUUUCAGCAUAGAGAAAUGGAUCUUAGCACGAAGAAAUUAAAUAAACCAGAAGUCACAAACUUACCAUAUGAUGCCCGGGCUGUGAUGAUGCGUAAUCAUGCAAUGGUAGCUGAUUUAAGUAAAAGACAAUUGUCAUUUCCGAGUUAUGACAUGUCAUCUGCACCAUAUCAUAAUGCUGCAAGAAUACCUAAUAAAGAAGAUCACAGAUUACCUAAUUACACAAUACUUCCUGACCCAAGCAAAAUGACUGCUUUAAGAAUGAACACAACACCGGUGAAACGCACGUUAGAAGGAGAUGACCUUCAGUACGACAUGUUAAAGAGAAUAAGGGCAGAUGUGAUACCGAUUCGAGGAUCCAUCGACAAAAGGCCAAUGAUGAGUACUAAUUGGAGAGACGAAAUUGGCGAAGCCAUCGAGGAACCGGUGAUGAUGAUUCAAGGCGAAGGAUCUGGCAGCGAUUGCGAUGCUGUGAAUCCUGGUCUUGGAGAAGCUGUAGAAGAACCCAUAAUUUUUUUUUAUGGGGAAGGUUCCGGAGAGGAGUGUCAAACAGGAAAUCCUGGAGACAGUACAUCAGCUGACAAUAAAGAAAGCAAUGAAUCAAAAAAUGAAGUUGAUUCUGCUACUUCAUCUUUAUCGACAAAUAAAAGUUUCAGCGAAGGUAGCCUUAUAAAUGAAGUAUCUGCCGAAUCAUUAGUAAAGAGUAAAGGUUCCGUACAAGAAAAGCCAAAAUUUAAGCCGACAUUAGGUAUUCAGAUAAUACCGAAAAAUUCGAGUAGUUCCGUCAAAAGGCUAUCGAGAUGGGAUGUCGGAAAACCAGAAGAGAAACCAGAAUGCGACAGCAGCAUCAUAUCAAACAAAGAAGACAUAUCACAAAAAAGAAACAAAAUUGAAUGUGAAGAUUCUUCUAGUAAAAAUCAAGAUAUUAAAAUAGAUGGAAAUACUAUAAAUACCGAAGACGUAACAUCACAGCAAAGCAAUCUGAAAUCAGAAAACCUUCAGGAAGACGUGGGAGAAAGUUCUACGAAACAGAAACAAAGUCCUGUGGAUCACGACUCCGUGCAAUGUGAUUCCUCUAUAUCAUCGUGUCAGGCAGAUACUUCAGAAACGUUUGAAUCUUGUACAGAGACUACAACUCAUUCAUUGAAUGAUAAACCAAUUGUACAAAAUGUUUGUGACACAGAUAGUACAACUUUACAAGAGACAGUUACUUCAGAAAAAGUGGACAAUGAAUGUAAACCAUUAACUUCGUCGCCACCGAGAUUUUUUUUUGGUCCCAAUUGUAUUUCAUACACUUCAAAGUCAGAAAUGUUUGAGUCGCAAUCCGACCACACAGUUUCAACAAGUAUAGAAUCUAAAUCAGAUACGUUGCAGUACGAAUGUGUAUCUUCUUCCAAAUCUGCAGAAGAUAUGGUUACCUCGUACAGAACAGAAGAUUUUGACGUGACUCAGACAAAUAACAACUCAUUAAAAGUCAAUUUGUACACGCGCAAAGCUACCAAUCCACUUUGUGAAGACGAUAAUAAAAAUAAAUUAGAGGAAAUUGAAGGAGCAACUAAUUCCUGGGAACCAACUGUUUCUUCAAAAUAUUCUUUGGAGCAAUCUUGUGAAUCGCUAGAGACCGAAACGAAUGUAAUUACAUCAGAAUCAAAAGCGGACAUUGACGAAAAUUUAACGUCUUGCACCGCUGACGUACAAGAUUCUAUUUCCAGUACUGAAACUGCAACAAAGGAGUACACGAAAUCUGAAGAAACAGAAGCAUUAGAUACAAUUUCACAACCACACAGUACUAAUGAUUUAAUUAAAAGGGAUGCAGAUAUGAAGCUGGAAAGUGCAGUUAUAACACCGUCAGAAAUUCAGGUCAAUUUACCCAUUGAGUCAACACCGUGUACAACAUUAAAACAAGAAUGCAGUACAUUUGAAGAACAAAAUAAGGAAUCUGAAAGUGAUACGAUAAAACAUACAAACAUCUCGGUUCCUUGUUCCGAAGCUGAAGCUUAUUGUAAAUCUCCUGAAGUAUCGUCAUUUAAGGAAAGUGAAAUGGAAGUUGAUUCAGUAUCUCCUAAAAGCUCAUGUUCAUCGUCUGGUACACAGAAUUUGCAGAAGAAUAAUUUUACUGAAUCAGACCAUGCAAGUGAAACAGAAUGUUCUGUCGAUCAAGAAGCAAACAAUUCAGUAGGAGAAGAGAUAGAAUACGUUUCACAAAAAGUACCAUUUGAUCCUUCCAUUACAAGCUGUAAAGAAAAUAAUGAAAGCGAUGUUGAUCCAGUAUGUCAAAAUCAAAAGGAACCGUUAAUAGAAUCUGAUAAUAAAAAUACAAAGAAUCUGGUAGGUGCUGAUGCUGAAUCGCUGCACGUUAAUUGUAAUGAAAACAGUGAAGAAGUCAAUAUACAAAAUGAAGUUUCAGAAGAUUCUGAAAUAAGAAAAGAGAAAAUAUCCACUGACCCAUUUAUCAAAAACUCUGUGCCUGAUGUUAACACAAAAUUAGAUUCCAUUGACAAUUCUACUGUUAGCAGUUCUGAAUCUGUUGAAAAAUGUAACAAAGAUACGUUAGUUCCUACAAUAAGUAGUUCAGAUGAUUCCUGCAUUCGACAAGACGUUUUAUCGCACGAUAGUGUUGAAUUAAGUUUUGAAAAAUCAUCCGUGAAAGAUGACUGUCCUACUUAUGAUAUAUUACCAGAAACAGUACCUGACACAAAUAUUUCUAAUUCAUCCAAAUCUAAUAUAGUUGACUCUACGAAAGAAUCUAAUGCGGUCCAAACUGCAAUAUUGGUCGAACAAAGUUCCUGUACUGAUCAAGAUUUGAAUAAGGAUGUAAUUAUUGAUUAUAAGUCAUUGAAAGAUAACCAGCCUUCUAAAUCGUAUGAAGAAAAAGCAUGUUUAAAUGAAACAUCAUCUAAUGAGAAUGAUGCUUCAAAAUUACAAUCACAAUCUGCAGAAACUAUUAGUUGUGAGAAAGAAAAAACAGAGGCAGUUAAUUUUGUAGAUAGUCAACAAGAAACUAAUGUUACAAUUGAACCUACAACUUCAGAAAAUUAUACACCUGGACAGGAUAAAGAGGAUAACACGAGUCAGCAUGAAGACACUACAAAAUGUAUUCAAGAUAAGAAUGAAGAGAAUCAAAAGCAAACAAUAGUUAGUAGCGAUUUAGAGAGCAAUUCGAAGGUAGAAAGUAAUGAUACCGAAUCAGAAAUUGAGCAAGAAAAGUGCACGGAGACAAAGCCUGUCGAUUCACAAGAACAUAAAAUUAAGCCAUGCUUAGUUGCAAAUUAUGAAAGUAGUGAUUCCAAUGAUAGUAAUGAUGCUUUUGAAACAUUAGAGUCGGCUGAAAACAGGAGCAACUUCUCCAGUAAUUCAGAAGAAACAAUGACCGAUACUGAACAAAAUGAAAAGAAAAAUGAAGAAAGACUGAGUACAAAAAAUAAGGUAUUAUCUAACGAAGUGCAAGAUGUACCCACUGAGAAGCAGACAGAAUCGACACUACAUAGCAUUGAAAGUAUAAUGGAAAAAACAGAACAAAAACAGGAGAAGAUAACAAACGAAGAAAUACCUAAAGAAGAGCAUGAUUUUGUUCAGCAUGACUUCAGUGAAAAAAUAUCUGUGGAUAAAGAGGAACACGUUGACUCUGAGGAAAAUAAUGUAAAAUUGGCAGAAAAAGAAGCAUUAGUUUCUUCUGAAAUAAAUCCAAUGAACAAAGAAUUCAUAAACUUGGGAUUAAAUAAAGCAAACAAUUUAGUAAAUAUAGUAAAAGAAGGAGAAAAGGAAAGUGCAGAUAAAGUUUCAGAAAAAGUGGUGGACAUAGUUCCUGUGGAAAAAAGUGAUUGUAAAAUAGAUUCAAUGAAUGAGAUUGUAAUUUCUAAACAAACGAAAGACGGUGUUAAGCUUGAUAAUGAAGUAAUUCCUGAAGAUUUAAAAGCAGAACCAUCAAAGUCCAUACAAGAAAAAUUGCUAAGCUUAGAUAAUGAUGUUAAAUUUGUCAAAAAUGAAGAAGUAAGACAUGUUACAGAAGAACUUCUAAUCACUGAAACUAGCAACAAACCCAAGAAAUCCUUUGAACAUGGUGAUAGAGAAAAGAAAUUUGAUACAAACUUGCAGGAAGAGAAAAGUUUGAAUAAAGAAGAAAGUAACAUGUUCAUGCACUUAGUAUCAAGCAACUUACCACUAAAAAGUGACAGUAUAACUGUAAAUGUAGAGAAAACAGAAAUUCAUAAAAAUAAUAUUUCAAUAGCAUCAGAGAAUUUCAAACCUGUGGAUAGCUUGCAAUUUGUAAAUUGUAUAUCUGAAAAAUCAGAAAAUAUUACAGAUAAUCAUGAGAAUCAUAAAGAACCACUUCACAUUACAAAUAAAGCAAUAGAAUCUCUUUCUGAAAAUACUGUAUCAAGUAAAAGUGAUAGUUCAGCAAAUAGUGGACAAGAAGCAACACUGGAACCAGUAAAUGUAACAAAUGAUUGUAAAAAAGAAGCUAGUAAAAGAGUCAGUGAUGUUUCCGAUACUCAAGAUGUUCCUCCACUGAAAUCUAAACCUCCAUGUAUAGAAUCCAACGAACAGAUACUAGAAGAUUUAGCAAAUUCCAAAGUACAAUCAGAUAAAAAUUUGGAUAAUGUUAAACAAACAGAAGUGGCAAAUGAAACUGAGACAAAGGACAACCCAAUAUCAAAUAGUACUGCACCAACGAAAGACGAGGGUCACGCAGUAGCUAAUGUGCUAAAUAAUAUAUUGACUCAAGUAGAACGCAAAAAUACUGAAAUCAACGAAAAGAAAGCAAGUUCAGAAAUUCAAAGCGUUGAGAUAAAAACGGUUUCUCUGAUAUCCGAUGAUUCCAUGGACGCGGACAAUAAUUUAUUUGGCUUAGCUUCUGAAGAGAUGGAUCCUCUAGCUUGCACCGACGACGAAGGUUCAAAAAAGGCAGACAACAAUGAACAAAUUAACACCACCCCACCUAAAAUAUCCUUACGAGUUAAACCUGUGUCUGAAUUAAUUUAUGGUGGAUGGAAGUUAGAUUCCACUGAACCUUCCUCUAAAAUAUCUCGCAAACGACGCAACAGCACCCACGAAUCGAACCCAGAUGACACAGCAGUGAAACCAAACGAAGAAUCUAUGGGAGGGAAAAGAAUGAGACUUCGUGCAAGACGUAUGGUUGACAAACAGUUACGGAAAUCUAUAGAAGAAAGUCGUGUUGUAACCAUAAGUUCAGACGACGAGGCUGUAAAGAGUCCUAAAAAACAGAAACCAAAAGAAGUUAAAGAUGCCAGCGACGAUCAGGCUGCUACUAAUUUGACCACAACUGAUAGGAAAGGCAGAGGACGCCCUCCCAGAGGAAGACGAAGACGCGGUGUGAAAGGAAACAAUCGUUCCAAUCGGGCGAAAAAUCCUGAAUUUCAGGGUAAUCAGGUUUCUGAUGUGUCGCCUGAGAUUCAGAUCGAUGAAACGCCUGAGGUUCAAAUCGAGGAGUCGUCUGAGGUUCAGGUUGAUGAAACUCCGGAGGUUCGAGUCGAUGAAACUCAUGAGGGCCAAACGGAUGAAACACCUGAAGUUCAGAUCGAGGAAACUCCGGAGGUCCAGAUCGAUGAAAGCCAAACUAAUACUGAUCCUUUGAAUAUGACACCGGUUUCACAAAAGAAGAGAAAGAAAAGAAAAAUGGUUUUGGGUCUUGAAGUGGGAAGAGAUAUUGAGCCUGAACCAGAAUCAGGAGUAAUACAAGACGAAACGCCUGUAAGACAAUCUAGAAGAAUAGCGCAAUUGAAAAUUAAAGAAGCGCAGCUGAAGUUGGAAGAAGUACCCUUAAGCGAAAGGAAGGACGGUAAAGAGAAGAAAGAGAAGAAGGAGAAAAAAGAUUCUGUAGAAAAGAAAAAACGAAAGAAGCAAAAGCCUGAAAGCGAAGAAGAAAGUGUAGUUAAAGAGAUAGAGAAAGAAAAGAAGUCUAAGAAAAAACGUAGGAAAAGAAAAAAGAAAAAUAUGUUGACUAAAUUUAAUGAAUCAAAUCCAUGGCAGAGUUCUUCGGGUUCGAGUAGCGACGAAGAAAAUGAAAACGAGGAAGAGGAGGAAGAAGAAGAGGAUAUAGAGAGUGAAGGAUCGCUACUUUUCAAGAGUGAUCAUGAAUUUUCACCGGAAAGUGAUCUUGAGAAGGAUCAAGAAGCUGAGCCAUUGAGAAGAGCUAGAACUGCACAGAAAGCUCAAAGCGACGUGGAAGAAGCGGACGAUGAGUACGCUUGCCAAAAAUGCGGCAAAGCGGAUCAUCCAGAGUGGAUACUUUUGUGCGAUUCGUGUGAUAAAGGCUGGCAUUGUUCUUGCCUCAGACCAGCCCUUAUGCUAAUACCUGAGGGUGAUUGGUUCUGUCCUCCGUGUCAACACAAUUUACUAGUUGUUAAAUUACGAGAAAAUUUGAAAACGUACGAUCAGUUAACGAAGAGACACGAAAACGAAGUUUUAAGAAAGAAGAGAUUAGCAUUUGUCGGUAUAAGUUUGGAUAAUGUUCUCCACAAAAAUGAACCGCGUCAUCAAAAAGAAUCGAAAACGUCUAGCCAGGAAUCGGAUAAUGAAUCUACGACUUCUUCGUCUACUUCGAGUACAGAAACAUCUAGCAGCGAAGAAAGUGAACCCGUAUACCAAUUACGUGAAAGGCGAUGCGCUAACAGAUACAAAUUCAACGACUACGAUGCCAUGAUUAAUGCCGCUAUCCAAGACGAGGUAGAAGCGGUUCAAGGAGCCGGAAAUCAAGGUAGAGGAAAAGACAUCGCGACUAUAGUUAACGCAAAGAAAGAAGAAGCAGAGAACGAAAUAUUAAACAUGGACGAAAUGCCUGCAAACAAAGAAGACAUCGAAAGAAAGUCAGAAAAAGAUAGCGACGAAGAAUUUAAAAUCGAUGCAGAGGAUGGUCUUGACGAGGAAGAGGAGGAGCAGCACCAAGAAUCGCAGCAACAUAAAGGAGCAGUAAAGAAAUUCUUGUCGCGUAAAAAACACCGUAAAUUAAAUAGUCUCGAUAUAAGUAGCGAAGACGAUCCAGAAAGCGACGAAGACUUUAAAGGCACCAGUUCUGAAGAGGAAGAAGAUUUCGAUGAUCAUAUGACGUCUUCCGAUGACAGCUCUUUCGCCGAUGUAAGACGGCGAAAUAGAAGAGGAGAUUCACGAUCAGUACGGAGAAGCACGAGGGUCAGAACUACGCGCUUUGAUGAAGACUUUAUAAAUGACGACAGCGAAGAAAGCGAUAGACCGAAAAGAAAGAAAUCUCGAUCUAUAUGGGACUCGGAAAACGAGGAUAGCGAUAACUCAUGGCGACAAAGGAGGAAAAAAAGUAGAACCAUAUCGACGUCUAGAUAUAAAUCGUCGUCAAAAACGAAAAGUAGGAAGAAAAAAAAGAGAAAACGUAUCAUUGAAUCUGAUAAUCAAAGCGACAACGAAGAAUCGAACGAUGAGCAGAAAAUCGAGACUCCCAGCGAAGUACAACCGGAGGUAGAAAAUAAUGAAUCCGAAACGGUUGAUACGCUGAAUGUAAAACUUGACAACGAAACUGAAAAUAACGAGAACAAGGAUGUUAAUGAGAUAAAAGAUGACAAGCUGCAAGAAAUAAAGGCAGAUGUAGCUGAUAUGUCUACCGAUCUAUCGUUACAAGAACCACUUCCACAAAAAAAGAAGAAAGAGAAGGUAAAAAAGACUCCAAUUCGAAGAAAGAUUAUAUAUGGUGGCCUUCCAGAUGAAAAUAAGCCGGAAGAAGAAGAAACAUUAGGUAGGCGAACUCGAGGAAGGAAAAUGAACUACCAGGAAGAAAUAGCGUCGGAUAGUGAAGAGGAAUUAAAAAAGGCGUUAAGGAGAACCGGAGAGAGCGAAGACGAGUUCGUGAUGAACGACGGCGAAGACGUAAUCGAGGACGCUGAAAAAGAUUCAGAUUCAGGUGAUAUUUAUAAUCCAAAAAAGGAUGGCCACAAGGUGAAAAACAAAUCACCGAAAAGUAGAAAACCGAGGAAGAGCAAAAGUCCCGGAGUCAAAAGAAAAAUGAUGAGCGACGGUACACCGAAACAGAGAAAAAAACCUGGUCCAAAGCCCGGAAGUAAAAGUAAUAGAUCGCGCAAACAAAAUUUUUUAAUGGGUUCCUUGAUUCAGAGGAAAGACGAUCAAGACGACGACAAGGAUAUCAUGGCUAACAUUGACAAUCCUAUGGGAGAGAUAGACUCAAAGAUCGACGACAAUCUUUCAGAAAACGUAGGUUUAACCGGUACUGCCAUGUCGGUAGCAGGUUCCUUCACCGGAGAUGUUCCAGAAGGUUCUCUAACGGGGCUUGGACCGGGUGAAUUGGCGGAUCUGGACGAUGAACAAUUAGAACAAAUGAUGAUGGAAGACGAGGAAUACGGUAGGCGACAGUUGGAACUCGCCGCCAUCGAGAUAGCGAAAAAGAAGAAGAAAGAGGAGCGAGAAGCUAAGAAAAUGGAGAAAGCACGGUUGAAAGCGUUAGAAAUACUGGCAGCUGAAAGGCAACGAGAUCCAAACGCACCGGAGGGAACCGACGGUGAGGUACCAAAGAAAAAGAAAAGAGGUCGUCGCAGCAAGGCCGAAAUCCUCGCGGAACAAAUGCGCAGAGACGGGGCUCCAGAUUUGAACGCCACCGGUUUACCUAGCACCGUGCCACAUACCAAUAUAUCACCUAAUCUCAGCAUUAACCCCACGAUCAUGACGCCCGAUGCGGACAGACCGAGCGAAGGACCUAUCCCCGUGAUGACAGGACCAGAUGGGCAACUGUUUAAUCCCGACGGGUCACCGUUAAAGCCUAAACGAAGAGGACGCGGCAAAGGUAAAAAGACUUUGGCAUUAGAAGCGGCUAGGGCCGCAGAAGCAGCGGCGAAAGCCGCUGUUGAAGUCGGUCUACUUAGCAUGGGAACUGACUCGAAUCCGGAGAUAAAACCUGGUGAAAUUCCGAAUAUACUUCCUACACCAGGUAGUAGCACCUCUGGUUCGGCUCCGUCCACACCACCUGCUGGCGUCGUAACAACACAAGGACCACCUGCCUCGCAAACCCCGACCACACAGCCUGUUUAUCCAUCAUUACCACCCAAUCAACAGUCUUCCGUUAUCACCAGAAUGCUUCAAUCUCAACCUGUAUCGAGUAGUCCACAAUCGUUUUCUGCUGCAGCUGCAGCGAUGGGCCACAAAUAUUUCGGAGGACCAAACGCCGGAGGUGGUCAGAUAAUCGGCGGACCCAGGACGGGUUACGAGAUGCAGCCACGCGGAAGAAUCCCUUCGCCAUAUAGACAAGCAGGUCAAUCAUCAAUGCCGCCUCACUUCGCGGCUGUGCGAUCGGGAACCCCACCGAUGAGAAUGAGAGUACCCGGUCCACAGAUAUAUCAUACGCCGCAUCAUCCGAUGGAUCCGUCUCCUUCAGGUGGUGGCCCGAUAUCGAUCAACAAUCGAGAUCGCAGUUCUCCGCUUGGACCUGGGCCAGCGAUGAUUCCGCCGGCCGCUGGGAGUCCCCUAGCCAAAGGUGGUCCCACUCCUCCUCCGCCUCCACCCUACGUCAGGGGUGCUCCACCUUUGUCCAGAUUCACGGACAACCCGAUGGGUCCCAGGCAUCAAAUGCCACCCUUCACGAACGCAUCGCCGGUUAACCACAACCUGCAGCAACCAUCGCCGCCACCCAAUCGACCUCCCGGUAAUUUUUCACCGUAUCAUCCUCCACCUCCACCCAAUUACCACUACGGUGCGUACCCACCUCCUCCGCCGCUUUCCACGGCAGACGAUGCAGCCGCGUAUCAAGGCUCUCCGUAUCCCGCAGAUCAUUUUUCUUCCCCUGCGGAUAAUCAGCCACCCAUUCAAGCGCCACCGCCUCCUCAGCCACCGCCGCAGCAACAAGCGCAUCCGAACGACGCUGCUGCUGGAAAUAAACAGUACGACGAAGAGGGUUCCGGUGAAUUCGGUGGUUUAGUAUCUUACUUUAGUAGUCAGAGAGAAGAUGAUCUUGAUUCGUAGCAUGAGUGAGAUCUUGGCCAACCCUGAAUCAGUUAGGUAAAGUGCAUCGCGAUGCAUUUUCGACGCCCGAGGACGAGUGGCAACUUUUGCUCGAGAGGAAUCAGUACAAGAGAAACAUAAAAGAAUUUAGUAACGUGUAAUGUAACCGUAAAUAAAAGUAGAUAUAUAUUAUAUAAAUAUAUAUAUAUUAUAUAUAUAUUUGUCGGGGCAUUGGAAUGUGAAAUAAAUGAAAGAGAGUAUUCGCGUAACAUACGAUGAUAUACAUUUUAGCGUUAUUUUAUACUCGUACUGUAUUGUUUUAAAACGUAAGCGAGACGCGUAGAAUUAGAAUUGUCUUCCUCUUUGACCUCUUAAGCAAACAGUUGCUCUGAACUCCUUCGCUUUCGGGGAAAACAAAAAAGAAGAGGAACGCCGCCGAAAUCGAAUCCAAGGUUGGCCAAGUGAAAGAAAGGAAAGAAAGAAUAUAUAAUAUUAAUCGCUAACAAUGGAGCCUAUUUCCUAAGAGUUAUAAGCUUUUUGUAAUUAGUUCGAGUUUGUUUAAAUUUAUAUGAGAAAAAAGAAACGACCACUAGUAGCAACGUAAGAAUUGUUACGUUACGCCUAGAGGAAAGAUUACAACAAAGAUCUGACCAGAAUUUUAACUAAUUAUUCGUUAGUGAUUCAUAAAUGAAACAAAAAAUUUGGUGCACAGUUACUUCCAGAUCCGUCGUAGAUGUAUAGAUGUCCUUCUCCCGGAAUAAACAUUCGCUGUUGACAAAGUCGGUCUUAAUAGUUAAUCAGGAAACUUAUAUUAUAACAAAUUCGGACUAUGCGCCGUUGUUACAUGUAUAUAUGUAAAUAUAAUAAGUCUUUUAGAUUAUAUUAUAUGUAUUAUAUAUACACAGUCACGCAGAAUACUAUAAAAGUGAAUUAGUGCAAAGGGCACAAAUGUAAUAUUUAAAUUAAAAGAUGAAAAAAAACAAAAGGAACGGCAUCCGAUUAUAAUAAAUUAACAAAUGGUGUGAAGACUAUUACUAUAAUUAUUUAUAAAGAUAAAAGAAGGAUUAAGAAUUUAUAAUAAGUAGCAUAUUGUAUUUUACAAAUUUUACUUGGUAUAAUUAUAUUAAAAACGAAAACAUUUGGAUAUAAUUGUAUUAGAGAACAGGAGGCUGCUGAAUAGAGAAAAAGUUCGAUUCCGAAGAAAAGCGAGGAAAAAGGAAAUUUAACGAAAUUAUACGUGUAGAUAAAACUCCGAAAGUAAUUUUAUUUUUUCGAGAGAUUUUUAUUUUAUUGUGUCGGUGCAAUUUACGAAUACAUUUAGUUUUAUGUAACCGUGCACAUGCGUUCGUGUACAUGAUUUCUUUCAAUACAUGUGCAACCAUGUUAGGAA